AUGCUUCCUAGUCUGAUUCCAACACCCUCAGUGUCCUGGGAGGUGCUCGACCCAUCUCCUUCUCUCAACUCACCUCAGCUCCCUGCUUUCCACAACUUGGGCAAAAGUUUUCUAAUUGACAAUUUGCUUCGGAUAAAUGGUCCCUUGAAUCCACCGCUUCGACCGAUUCCUGCAAACCCUGUGCCAGUGAAAGUGCCCCAAACUGCGGAACAAAUCGACCCAUCGGGAGGUCCACAUCCUACAAGAUCCUCCUUUCAGCUCGUUAACCCCUCAGACAACCAGUCGGCUCCAGUCACCUCCACCAGCCAAACAGUCACAUACCCUGAAAUAGCUUUAUCGAAGUGCUUUCUGCCAAGUUUCCCGCAGGUCCUCUUGGCUUGCUGUGGUGGGUCCUGUCAGCAGCGGGUCUCCCCCACUGAUUUUCCAAUUAGCAGUUCUUUCAGGAGCUGUGAAUUUCCCCUUUGGCCUCAGGUUAGCCACAAUAAAGCGCGAAGAGGAAUUCUGCGAAGAGUGGUCUUUUCUGAAGAACAGCGGAAAGCACUGGAGAAGACCUUUCAGAAACAGAAAUACAUCAGUAAAACAGACAGGAAGAAGCUGGCCACUCACCUUGGUCUUAAAGAUUCACAGGUAAAAAUUUGGUUCCAGAAUCGAAGAAUGAAAUGGCGAAAUACUAAAGAAAGAGAAUUGCUUACACAAGGAUGUUCACUGGAGCAUACAUUACAAGAGAAACCACUCUCAACUUCUGACUCAAACAACAGUAUUGCAAAUGAUCCUGACAGGAAAUCAACACAUACGGGCCAAUCAUCUGUGUGCAAAUAUGUUGCAAUUUCAUCAAUGUCUCAGGGUAGUCAGUCUGGUGAGAACAGAGUUACAGAUGUUAAAUUAGAAUUAUUAAAAAUACCUCCACAUUCUCACUCUGUACAGCAUGAAAAAGACACCUGAGAAUUAAAUUCCCAAUGGUCACCAAUAGUAAACUUCAUACUAAUGCUGUAUUUCAUGUGAUCUGUUCCUCUGUCAUUAUAGGGACUAGCACUUUUUUGGAGACAUUUUCAGCAAUUAUGACACCAAUGCAUGAAAUAUCGCGUGCCUGUAAUAAUGCUGUCAAUGUAAUUUAUUGCAUUUAAGCAAUGACUCAUUUGUAGAUCUUCGAAGUUAAUCGCCUUUGGGAAUAUGUUUUAGUAGGGAAGAUCUUGACUGUAAAAUAUGCAUCGUUUUUACACUUGGCCUGUAUUUUUCAAUUUGAAUUUGCUAAAUGUAACACAUUUGCCAUGGACUGUAUUUUGAUGUAUUAAAACAAAACAGA